ACCAAAUCGUCGCUGUCGGUGUUGUUCUGCAUUGCCGAGCAUCGCCCAGCAUCGCCCAGCAUCGCCCAGCAGCGUCCAGCAGCACUCAGCAACGUCCAGCAUCGCAGAGCAUCAUCGUGUUGCUGCUCACCUAUCCGCCGCCAAGAUGCCCCCAAAGUCUGCCGCAAACAAGAGCCAGCUGGAGCCCGACGAAAUCCUCCAAGCCGUCAUCAUCGCCGAUAGCUUCAACCGCCGCUUCCGUCCGCUCACACUCGAUACGCCCAGGUGUCUGCUACCGCUCUGCAAUGUGCCUUUGAUUGAGUACACCCUCGAGUUCCUCGCCAUAUCGGGUGUCCAGGAAAUCUUUGUCGUCUGCUGUGCCCACCACGAGCAAAUCAAGGACUAUAUCCGCUCCUCCAAGUGGGGCAAGACGAGCCUGCCCCGAGUCGUCACCAUCGUCUCACAGGAGCUUCUCUCGGUCGGCGAUGCCCUUCGGAGCUUGGACGGCAAAAACAUCUUGCGAGGCGAUUUUAUUCUGGUCUCGGGCGACAUUGUCUCCAACAUGAAGCUCGACAAGGCCCUGGAGGAGCACAAGGCCCGACGACAAAUCGAUAAGAAUGCCAUCAUGACCAUGGUCGUCAAGCAGGCGAGCCCGACGCAUCGCUCCCGCUCCAAAGGCGAAGAGGCGCUCUUUGUCCUGGACCCCAAAACCAACCAGUGCCUCCACUACGAGCCCAUGGAGGUGUAUCCCAAAAAGAACCGCCUCAAUCUCGAGCUCAAGACCUUCAAGGAGCAUCCCGAGAUCCAGAUCCGCAACGAUCUGAUCGACUGCCAGAUCGACAUUUGCUCGAUCGAGGUCCUGCUGCUGUUUACGGAAAACUUUGAUUACCAGCACAUCCGCAAGGACUUUGUGCGAGGUAUUCUCCAGUCCGAUAUCCUUGCCAAGACCAUCCACUGCCACAUCAUCUCACAGUCUUAUGCGGCGAGGGUCAAGAGUACCCAGAUGUACGAGGCCAUCAGCAAGGACAUCAUGUCGCGCUGGACCUUCCCGAUGGUGCCCGACAACAACCUUCUUGAAUCGCACACCUACAGCUUCUCCCGCCCGCACAUCUACAAAGAAAAGGACGUUGUUCUGUCCCGAUCGGCCUCGCUCUCGGAGCAAGUUGUCAUCGGAUCCUUUACCGAGAUUGGUGACAAGACCCAGAUCCGCAACUCUGUCGUCGGGCGUGGCUGCAAAAUCAGCGCCAACGUUGUCAUCGAUGGCGCCUUCAUCUGGGACAAUGUCACCAUCCACUCGGGGGCCCAGAUCUGUCGCAGCAUCAUUGCCAGCGAUGCCGUGAUUGGCGAAAAUGCGGUCGUUAACCGAGGCUCGAUCGUGUCGUAUGGCGUCGUUGUUGGCAGCAGCCAAGCCCUCCCCAACUUCACCAAGAUCGCCCAUCGGCUUCCCGACGUUGACGAUGAGGAGUAUGACAGCGACGACAAUUUGGUGUCCCGAGACCCAACCGACCAUGCGCAACCCUUUGCAGCCGAGCUUGUCGGCCAAGAUGGCGAGGGAUACGAGUGGAAGGACUCUUACUCGGACGAGGAAGACGAAGAGGACUUUGAUCCGCGCAACGUCGAGCUGACUGCUCUCGGUUUCGAGCCCGAAAGCGCUGAGGAGGACGAGGAGUCUGAUGACGACGUUUCUGUCGGAGAGGAGGAGGCUGUUGGCCCAGAGGUCAACUUCUUUGACGAGGCCAACGCAACAUUCGACCGUGCCAUCACGGACGGCCACGACGUCUCAACCGCCGCUCUGGAGCUCAACACCCUCAAGAUGGCGUUCAACAGCACCUUCCACGAUGUUCGGGAAAUCGUGACUCGUGGCAUCGUCAGUCAGAUCCAGCCCGACCAGCCCAACUCGAGCGCCAAGAAGAUCAUUGCUCAGUGGGGUGGUCUGCUGACCAAGUACGUUUUCAGCGAAGAAGACCAGAUCGAUUCGCUGGAUCUGCUGCUGACCCACUGUGUCCAGUUCGAGGCCCAGUCCAAGGGCCUGAUCUUUUUGAUCCGUGAGCUCUACGAAGCCGACAUCAUCGAGGAGGACUCGAUCCUCGCCUGGUUCACUGCCUCGAGCAAGCGCUCUGGCGUCGCAGCCAAGAUCCGCGAUUCGGUCAAACCCUUCGUUGUCUGGCUCCAAGAAGCCGAAGAGGAUGAGGAUGAAGAUGACGAAGAGGAUGAGGAUGAAGAUGAGGAUGAGGACGACGACGAUGACGAUGUCGAUGACGACGAUGACGACGGCGAUGACUAGACGCUCGCCCGUUUCCACAAACGUCCGACUCCCCCCACACUCGACUGGCAAUAAAGAAUUGCGUUCCGGUCGCACUCCUGCCGUG